AUGUUAACAAACAACACUACUUCAUGUUGUUCAUCAUCGGAUCACUCUUCUUGUGAUCAUCAUCAUCAUGGACAUCAACAAGAUCUUGUUAGCGAGGAAUAUGCUCAUAUCUGCCACAAAUUACAAACAAUUCUUUUCAAUGAAGAAACAAGGAAGGAAAUCGAAUCCUUGGUUCAAGAUAAUUUAAUUCCUAAUAUUGUAUCUCUAAAUAUUCAACCUUCAGUUUGGAUGAUUAAAUCCUUGUUGCAAAAUCCAUCACUUCCUCUGAUUUUAUAUGAUUUAUGUUUUGAAGUAUUCAACCCAUCCGUUUCCUUGACUUUAUUCAUGAGACAACAAAAAUUGGAUGAGGAAUUACAAGUUGUUAUUGAAUUUGUUGAAGCAAUUUAUAAUCAUUCAUCACCAAAAGAAGUUCAAUCUUUAUUAUCAGAAGCAUUAACAGCAAACACUGUAAAUAUUAGAAGAGUGAACGAUUUCCAUCAGAUAGAUAUUCUGAAUUUCGGACCAGCUGAUUUCAAUAAUCAAGCUAUUUUGGAUCAUAAUUUAUUCUUACUCAAGUUAUUAUUUGAAAAUUUAUCAAGAUUACCUGAAACUGAAAAGAGAUGGUUCUUUUUUAAAGUAUUAGAUUAUACCUUCUCUAAUGUGUGCUCAACUAGAGUGGAGACUAUUCAAAAUGAAGCAUAUGGAGAUGAGGAAAUGAUGAAAUCGGAAGCUGAUAAAAAGAUGGCUUUGGAUAGAAAUUUUUUGGGAUAUUCGACUUGUUUGGUGGAUUGCUUACUUUCGGCAUGUUCAUCGAUAUUUGAAAAGAAAUCUUCUGACUCUAUCUCACAAAAAAUUCAUUUAAAAAGAGAGAGUGACUGCUUCUUGCAAAUAUGCUUUACCAUAUUGGCCAAAAUUUAUUCCAAUGAAAAUCUGGUACAAAUUUGUACAGAAAAUGGUACACUACUGAAGGUAAUGCAAUCAAUUACAGCAUGCAAACGAACAUUCAAUGAUAUUGUGGAAUAUAGUAAGAGAUUUAAAGCAUGGUCGGAUGUCAAUAACUCUAAAGAUGAUCAAAUUGAUGAAGAAGAUGAGGAUGAGGAAAUGAGUGAAGAUGAUGAAGAGGAGGAUAUCAAAAAUUUUGUCUUUUGGGAUAAUAGAGGAUUGGGUAUUUUUAUUUAUUUGCUUUUAGAUAAGGCAAUUGAAAGAAAGCAUUAUUCAUUGUUUAUUCUAUCUGAUUUGUAUAUAUUUAUCAUGUGUAAAUAUUAUACCGAAAUAAUGUUACAAUCUGGGAUGGCUGGUUUUGCCACAGCAGCUCUUUCUAUUUUAAGAAAGUUAUUCGAAAACAAUAUCAAGAAGAAAGGGUCACUUGUUAUCAAACUUGGUGUCCCAGAAUACGAUUUGGCUUCUUACUUUGAUUUGGCUCAAUCACUUAUUUCGUUUAUGACUGUUUGCCCAAACAAUAACUUGAGAACUAUGGCAUAUAAGGUUUUCCAAGAUUUUAUAACGAGAUUUAACGAUGAGGAUAGAUUUAACAUCUUGUAUCACAUCAUGAAUAAGUGUCCAUACCCUUACUUGGUAGCAAUCAUAUUAGACAGAUUGAAAGAGGAAAUAAUUCUAGAAUAUAAUGCUGUUUUCCAAAGAAUAGACAAGAAGAAAAUUGAAACUCUGAGAGAGUUGAAUGAAUAUAAUCCUAUAGAGCCACCCAAAUUGGAAGAAGUGAACGAAUUUUUGAAAAAUAAUAAGGCCAAUUCAGAAACUCAGAAUUAUUUUUCAAAAUUUGCUCCAAACACAGCUCCAAAGAUCAAUUAUGACUCUGAGACUGUGAGAGACAUUAGACUUUUUGCAAAAGAUUCCAAGGCAUUCUUGGUGCCACACAAAAUACCAAAUUUAAUUAUUGAACUUUUGGAAAAAUAUGUUGAAGAUCCAUUUGAUAGUGACAAUAUUCAAGUAAUUCUCAGAGCAUUGAAUUUAUAUUACUUUUUAUUGUUGAGAGAUAGUGAGCCUAAUGUAACUGGUGUACUUGAUUCAGAAAUAGUCUCAAAGAUGGAAGAAAAAGUUCUCAACAAGUUAAAUAGUGCAUGUGAAAAAUUGACCAAAGUAAUUCAAGAACACAACGCAAUGCAACUAGGCGAUGAAGAAGAGGAAGAUUUAGAUUAUGAUGAGCUAAUGGAUGAAUUUGAAUCAGAAUUCACACCAGAAGAAAUUCAAGCUCUUCAAGAAUUGAAAUCACAAGAAAAGGAAAAAUCCAAAAUCAAAGAACAAUCCUCACAUGAAUUAGAUUUACACCUCCUCAAUGAGGUAUUAACUCGUAUUCAUGAUAUUCUCUCUGGAAAGUGUAAAUAA